AUGUCCUCUGGAAGAUUACCAGUGCUGAGAGAGGAAGAGGAAGAUGAGGAUGAAGGACAGGAAGAGGAAGAGCCUGGUGGAGAAACUGUAUCUGACCAUAUCUCAGUGAAGACAUGUGAUUUGAGUUUGACUGAAGAGGAUACACAACAUAUUGAUGAUGAGGAGGAGGGGGAGGAGGAGGAGGGCAAGGAGGAGGAGGAGGAGGGCAAGGAGGAGGAGGGGGAGGAGGGCAAGGAGGAGGGCAAGGAGGAGGAGGAGGUGGAGGAGGUGGAGGAGGGCGAGGAGGAGGAGGUGGAGGAGGGCGAGGAGGAGGAGGUGGAGGAGGGCAAGGAGGAGGAGGAGGAAGAGGAGGAAGAGGAGAUGGAGUCAGGAGAAGAAGAGGACACAGGAAUACAGCACAUUGGCUCCCCGGGGGGUUGGUCUGUUCACUACGAUAAAGAGAAUAUAAAAAAGACUGUAACUACAGAACAACCUUUUGCCCAAGAGGAGAGGGAAAACCCUGACAUCAGAAACGUAGAGCGAGGUGCUUACCAGAACAGUGAUGUCAGGUGUUUUGAGGGUGUCACUGAAGAUGGCACCAUGGAGAUCACAGCAGAUAUAAGUGAAGGGUCUGAAGAAGAGGGGAGACCGACGGCUGAAGAAAACCAAGAGGAAUCAUCUGAUUCAGUCCUGACUAGCUCAAUCACCGAAAACCAUAGAGAAGAGGGUAAGAAAGUUGUGAACUUACUCUCCCAGCAGACUUUUCCUCAGGAGAAGGAAGAGGAAGAAGAGCGAGAUGAAGAUGGAGCUCCAGAGGUUGUUUCUGAUUGUCCUGAUCCCGCAGCAACGCACAAUCUGCAAUAUCUUAUGGUCAGUACCUUUGUGGAACACCCGCUUGAGGAGAAAAUGAAGGACUUCCUAGGGGACGACCACCAAGAGGCGGGUGAAAGCUUCGCAGAUUACCCCUCUGACUUCUCUCCAAGUGAAUACGACAAGGAUGGAGAGAAAGUGGGAGCACACAAAAAUGGGAGCACACUGUCCAGUCACUCUGAGGGUAAUUUAAAGACAGACGAGAAUGUCUACCCAGAGAGAGAAGUAGCCGAGCAGACGGAUAGCCAUGUUCAGGGAGAGGAAGAGGCGAGAGCUGCUAUCUCUCUGAGCGUGGAAGGUAAACAAGAUUUUGCAGAUUGUGCGAUGUGCAAUACCAAUAUUGACAUUAGCAUGGGCAAGAUUAUUGAAGACAAUUUUGAAGCUGAUAGCUCCAGUGAUAGCUCCAGUGAUAGCUCCAGUGAUGGCUCCAGUGAGAGCUCCAGUGAUAAUGAGGAGGAUGAAGACCCAGAGAAGAAGAAUGAAGAACACCCAGCCCUGCCAAAAUACCAGGGUCUUCCUCAGAGAGACUGCGGAUCUGAGGUUUCACCUCUACCUGACUGGGAGGGUGGAGAGGAGGACCGCUCCAAGCAGAGAGUUGCCGACCUGCAUCUUUCACACACCAUCUCUAAUGUCCCCACUUUUACCCUUCACAGUGAGGCUGGACCCAGUGCAGCAGCUGUAACCAGGUGUAACAUGGGUAAGGGUACAGGCAACAUGUCAUCAUCUGACUCUGAGGAUAAUUUUCCCGGAGCGCUGUGUACGUCGGAGACUGAACUAAGAGAGGACAAAGGGGGGGCUUGGGGUAAAGAUGGGCCAGAGGCCUCAAAAGAGGAGUAUCUUCACGAAAUCCUGCAUGAGCUAGAAGGAAAGUUGGAGAACCACCUUCACACCGAAAUAAGCUGGGACACAGGGGAUAGUAAUGUGGAUAGGAGUGGUUUCAUUCUAGAUUACAAGUAUGAGGGGAGCGGAAUAACAGUGGGAGAGGAACAAUUUGCAGAUGAUGAAGAAGAAGAGGAGGAGAGGAGUUGGAAACAAGAGAGAGCGAGAAUCGAGGCAUUCUACAAGUUUUAUAAUGCUGAAGAGGAGAAGGAGGCUAUGGGAACAGAAGGUGCUUUUUCAGGGAGGAAGCCUAGAGUUCAAUUCUGCAUGGAUCCCCUUCCUCAAGUCAUUGAAUAUACAGACAGGUAAGUGAAAUUGCCUACAUAAAAUUACUCAAGACACCCGCCAACCAGGAAAUGCUUAGUUCUACUUGAACAAGACAUGUCAUUUGUACUGUCACUGUGGUAGAUGGAUAAGUGAAAUAAUUUCCUAUACUACCGUCUGUCUAUUACGUUCUUAGCAGCAGUGACAUGGAUUUGGUCGACAGCUCAUCUGACGGAGAUGAGGACCUGGAUUCUACAGCAAGGCUUGAAGUGAGCACACACACACACUCUCUCUCUCUCUCUCUCUCUCUCUCUCUCUCUCUCUCUCUUUCCUUUGGCCACCAACACAUGACCAUGUAGUGUGUCUAUUUCAGGAGCAGCGCGAGCCUGAGAGACUGAGAAUGAGUUUACCUGAGACUCAGGAGAGUCAGAAGCCACAAGGAGAACUACAAGAUCUCUGCAAAAUGUCUCGAACCCACAGCAAGAGAGACCGGGUAAGUCUUUAACCCACAGCAAGAGAGACCGGGGUAAGUCUUUAACCCACAACUUGCUGUAAAAAGGGCUUCAUUGAUUGAUUGAUUCCUCUGACACUGUGUUUGUGUAGUGUCUGAGGGUGCUGAAGUUCCUGGUGAAGAUGACCCUGUUGACAGCGAUUGGACUUUUGACAUUCUGGUGGACAACAGACCAACUGGACUUGGACUGGUGA